UCCGACAACAUAAUUGUCUCAUCAGUAUAUUUAUGAGCACCAACAAGUCCCUUCUCUCGUACCUUGACACCUCCAUUGAUCAUUUUAGCUCAGUCUGCCCUUAAUUCAAACCUCCAUAUUCUUGUAAAUCUCUCUCUCUCUCUCUCCCCUCUAAAAUCAUGUUUCCGCAGGCAACUGGUCCGGCUGUUUCUCUCUCUUCCAUGCACGGGGUUAGUCUUAGACUUGGACUACCCUUAUCAUCACAUCCUAGCUUCAGCUCACCUUCCUCAUCAUCUGUUACGAGUUUUGGGGACAAAAAGAGGGGUUAUGGGUUCGUUGUCUCGGCUUCAACGGAGACUAGUUUGGCGCAGACAGGUGUGAUCUUCAAACCAUUUGAAGAGGUCAAGAAAGAAGAUUUCAUGAUCCCUAUCUCCCGCCAGAUUUCGCUUGCUCGCCAGAGGUACCAAGAUGAGUGCGAAGCUGCGAUCAACGAACAGAUCAAUGUGGAAUACAAUGUGUCGUAUGUUUAUCACGCCAUGUACGCAUACUUCGACAGGGACAAUGUCGCUCUCAAGGGCCUUGCAAAAUUUUUCAAGGAGUCAAGUGAUGAAGAAAGAGAACAUGCUGAGAAAUUUAUGAAAUACCAGAACAUACGCGGAGGAAGAGUUAAGCUACACUCUAUACUGGCGACCCUUUCUGAAUUUGAACAUGCUGAGAAGGGUGAUGCUUUGUAUGCAAUGGAACUAGCACUGUCCUUGGAGAAGUUGACAAAUGAGAAACUUCUGAGCUUGCAUGGUGUGGCUGCUCAAAACAAUGAUCCUCAAAUGACUGAGUUUAUUGAGCGUGAAUUUCUAGCUGAGCAGGUGGAAGCAAUUAAGAAAAUUGCAGACUUUGUCACUCAGUUGAGACUGGUUGGGAAAGGACAUGGGGUGUGGCACUUUGAUCAGAAGCUCCUACACGAGGGUGAUGGUGUUUUUUGAAGAUUUCCAUCCAUGUUUUCUUUUUCGGUUAGAGUCUAUGUUCCAUAAAACCUACGGUGUGAUGAUUUACAAACUUUUGUGUUAAUAUUCAGAUGAAUGAACAAAUCAACUCAAACCCAAAAGAAGUAAACUUUGUUAUUGUGGAAAACACAAUAAAUGUAAUAUAAAGUGGGUGUUUGAGAAGUUGCUAUUUUAGUAGAUUAUUUUAGGAGGCAAAAAUUUUUAUGUUUGAGAAGA